AUGGCGAACAAUGAUUUGCUUAUUGGGAAUGAUCGUGAUUUAUCACUGAGCCACAACCAACCACUGGAACUCAGACAUGAUCACAGUUUGGUUCACAAUCAUGAAUUGGUUUUGGGACAUGCCUAUGAUGAUGAACUAGCCCUUGGCCAGAACCAUGAACAUCGAAUGGCUCUCCGACAUGCUCAUGGCCACCACAAUCAUGAGAAUGGGUUUGAUCAUGUGGAUGAGAAUGGAUUAGAUAUGUCCCAGAGUCAUGAUCCUGAUGUUGAUCAACACCAUAAUGAUGUUGAUAACCAUGAUAAUGAGUUGGGUCUUACUGUUCAGAAUCAUGCAUUGAGUUUGUCCGAGAAUCAUGAUUAG